AUGAAAUUUCCCAACAAGAAGUAUGGUUCUCAAACUCUGCAAGGCUCUCAAUCUGUGCAAGGAACUGAAUCUGUGCAAGCUUGUCCAGUUUCUCAAACUGGCCAAAGUUCUCAACCUGCCCAAACUUCUCAAAUUGUGCAAGGAUCUCAACCAAGUGCAAGCUCAUCACACCCUUUUGCCAGUGGCACAAGAAAAAAGAUGUUCAAAUCUCCUGCCAAGAGGAAGAAAUUUACCAAUCAGAAGGAUUUGUUGGAUGGGUAUCAGCCUUGGAGAUUCUGA